AGAGCCUGGGUCAGGAUUAGAGCUCCUAGGCCUGAAGUGGUUGCCCCACCUCACUCGAUGGCAGGCCAGAGAGAUAACCCCCUUUGAGGCUGGGGAUACUGAGUGGCAGAGGAGCCUGGAUACACUGAUGUCCAACCCCGUCCUCGUGUGCCUGUUCCGGGGGAUCGAUGCCUACGAAACUCUUGCAGGAGUCUUGGAGGGAUUAACACAGUGUAGGGAGAAGCUCACCACAAGUGGAAGUCUCCCACAGGCAGUAAUGGCCUUGACUCCAGAGGUGACAUUCAGACAAGCCAUCCUCUUCUUCACAGAGGCUGAUUUUGUAGCCGAUGCAGAACACCGCCCUGCCAUGAAAUACCUGCCACCUCCUGGCAGGAGGUCCAGGGCUGAAGUGGGUGAGAGCUGGAGAGGCCGUGCAGAGUCCCUGUUUGCCUACCUGCACACAGGAGCCCAGGUCCUCUGCACAGUGCUGCUCAUCAAACCCAGGGUCUGGAGCCAGAAUCUUGCCAGGAUCCUCAGAAACCUAGACCUGGAAAAAUUCACCCUGGUCGGAAUGAAACACGUAGACCUGGAACCAGCCCUUGCUCUGGGACUCCUUCCUGCUGAAGUGAAACAGGAUCCUGCUGCUUUAGAAGCUCACUGUACCUACCUCACCUCAGGCACUGCUCUCGUGCUGUGUCUGCAGAGGCCAAAUGCUGUGAAGAAGCUGGUGGAUCUCCUGGGGCCAGAGGAUCCUGAACUAGCCCAAGCAGUAGAUCCCUGCCUCUGGAGGGCUCAGUAUGGCACCAGCACAGUCCACAAUGGAUUUUAUGGCUCCAAAUCCUAUCAAAUGGCUGUCCGGGAUAUGAAGCUGUUUUUCCCAGAAGGGCUGUGCUGUGCCAAUUGUCAGACACUGGAGGAAGAAGAGAUUUAUAACCUGAAACGUGACCCCAUAUUCAGUCUGGAAGUCAGCAAGAAGCACAAGAUCCUAAACUGUGAGCCAGGAAGAAAACCCAGUGUUCUGGGCUCUGAGCAGCUAUGCAGUCCUGGUCAGCCAUUGCUGGACACCCGCUGCCAAAGCACUUGCCUCGUGUUGCCUGGGAUAAUCCUGCGGGGUUCAGAGCCCCCACCUUACGUGGACCUGCUGGAUGAGCUUCUUGGCAGAGGUUUUGUGGUGACUGGAGCUCGUCUCACCGUGCUGGACAUGCCACAGGCUCUCUGCAUCUCCAGGACACUCAGCAGGGCCAAGGGCAGUGUGGCAGCAAAGUGUUCCCUCCUGAAGGAUGGUUUGUGCCUGGUGCUGGCAGCACAGCGGGACAAUGCUGUCACCUGCCUCUGCUCCCUGCUGGACAGUGCCUGCUGGCAGAAGCAGUCCAUCCUGAACACUGCAGAGCAUCUCCUUUAUCCCCAGAAUGAGAAUCAGGCAAGUAGAGAAGUUUAUGGUACAGAUAUGUGUCCUUUGUGCCCCUGUGAUGAAUGGAAUUUGUCAAUAUUGGUUGAAUUUUAGAAAAAUUAUAAGCUUUGUGA